CCCCCCACACAAGUGUUGGCGAUGUUCUGGUAGACUAUCAGAGACGUGUUCACAGUGCUAUUGUCUGCCAACUUUCUGCUUUGCCGGACUUGCAUCGCAAUUACCUACGUUAUCUCCCCGCGCCUCGGUGGGGGGCACGAUAAGAAAACACAAAUACGGGGUAAGAUAUAAAUACCGAUGAACCAUGGUAUCAACCACUCAACCAUGGAUCCAAAACUGCACGACACAGUUGACGUUGUCUCCCUUGAACAGCGUGCCACAGACGACAAAGAACACGGCCCCGGCGAGCCGGUGCGCGUGCUAGACCACAAGCUCGAGCGUCGUAUCUGUUGGAAGUUCGACAUCAGGAUCCUGCCACUCAUCACCGUGAUGUAUCUGUUUAAUGCGCUCGACAAGGGCAAUAUCUCCAACGCAAAGACCGACAAGUUGGACGUGGAUUUGGGCAUCAAGGGCCAGGAAUGGAACAACAUGCUCUCCAUCUUCUACAUCCCAUUUGUGUUGUGCGCGUUCCCGCUCUCGCUUCUGAUCAAACGCUACAACGCGGCCAACGUGAUUCCGUGCUUGAUGUUCACAUUUGGCAGCAUCACGCUGCUUGCGGUGUCGGUGUUUAACUACGGCUCACUCAUGGCGGCGAGAUGGUUUCUCGGGGUGUGCGAGUCGGCCUUUUUCCCCGGUAUCAUCUACUACCUGAGUACGUUUUACCGGCGUGGUGAGUUGGCCAGACGGCUAUCGAUUUUUUACGCCGCGGCUAACAUUGCCAACGCGUUCUCUGGGCUGCUGGCAUUUGGUGUGUUCCAGAUUAAAACAGAAAGACUUCAUGGAUGGCAGAUUUUGUUUCUGGUCGAGGGUGGGGCAACCGUGAUUGUGGCGGUGUUUGCGUUCUUCUACCUGCCGCGGACGGUCGAGAAAGCAACCUUUCUUACGGAGGAAGAGCGUGAGUGCGCCAUCUGGCGGAUCCGCACUGAUUCGUCCUCGCUGUCCACCGAGAAAGUGUCACUCAUGGAUGCCAUCAAGGUUUUCAAGCAUCCCGUCGCCAUUGCGUGGAUGUUUGAGGAGAUUUUCAUUGGAGUGCCGCUCAACUCCAUUAACAACUGGUUUCCGCAGAUCAUUGAGUCUCUCGGCAAAGGCACCGUCAUGACAAACCUGUACACUGUCGCCCCCAACGUCUGGGGGGCUGUGGCGCUGAUUUUCUGGUGCUUUGCCUCGGACCUGCUGCGCGUGCGGUCCAUUUUUAUUGUGCUGGCCGUGGCCUCCACGCUGAUUGGAUUCGUCGUGUUUGGUUGCAUCGACACACAGGCGCACAUCGGUGUGGCGUACUUCUCGUGCUUCCUUAUGACUACCGGCUCGUCAGCGUCGUCAGUGCUCACUUCCACGUGGUACAACAACAACACGCCGAACGAGAACAGAAGAGUGGUGAUUUCUGCUGUCGGCGUGCCGCUGGCGAACGCUGCGGGACUCAUCUCGACAAACAUCUUCCGCGCAAAGGAUGCUCCUAAAUACGUGCCCGCUCUGGGAAUCACGGCCGGGUUUGGCGGUGCUGCCAUUAUCGCGGUGGCCAGCAUUUUGAUCUUUAUGGUGCUGGACAACCGUCGCAGAAACAGGGCUCAGGGCGUGUCCUGGACGUACCGGGACGUCCCCACCUAUUUGCUCGCUGAAGGACCUUCAAAUCCAAACUACAGAUGGAUGUACUGAAUAUUUUUAUUAAUCUAGUG